AUGGCGUAUUACAAUGCCGUGCCUCAACUUCUGCACGACCAGUGGCCCAUCAAGAAAGCCCUCACAAUCUCCGACAUCGAUAUCUCCCACCCAUUCCUCACAUUGUCCAGACAGCAAGUCGAGGCCCAUAUCAUGGUCCACAUGACACCUCAGCUGAAGGACCACCUAAGAGCCGAGGGCCAGGUCAGCUUCGAUACCCAUGACGAUGACACAAAUGAAAUCUUCUCCAUGAAGCUCAAAUGGCGCGGGAGCUACUACAACCUCAUCGGCAAGUGGGGCAAAGUUGUUCGCACCAAGCGACUAGAGGUCGGGCAGGAAAUCAAACUACGGUGGCUCAACAGCUGUCUCCACUUCUCGGUCCCACAGCAGCAGAUUGUCUCGGUCCCGCCUAUAAGAAUGGUGGCGUUUCCUCUAGUACACGACAGCUGGCCGAUCAGAAAGACGUUGACAUCAUCUGAUGUCGACCCAAACCACCCGUUCCUCCCAUUGCCCCGCAAAUCGGUGGAGGAGCACGUGCUGGCCCACUGGACCUUUCUGGAAAGGGAGCGGUUGAGGAAGGAGGAGCAAAUGUCGUUGGAUGCUCGGGACUACGACACUGGGGAGGCCCACGAAAUGAAACUCAAGUGGCGGGGGAACUAUUACAACCUCAUCGGGAAAUGGGGGAAUAUUGUCAGGCAAAGAGGGUUAGGUGUUGGUCAGGAGAUCAGGCUAUGGUGGGCCAACAGCUGCCUCUACUUCUCGGUCCAGGACAAGUUGUAUGUGGCGGGGCCUGGUCCCGAUAACUGGCCCAUCAAGAAAGCGCUCACGCUGUCGGAUGUGGACACGAACCACCCGUUCCUGACAUUGCCCGGGAAGGCUGUGGAGGACCAUAUCCUGGUGGUACUGGGCCAACCAGGCCCGGGAGCAGCUGAGGAAUGA